AUGUCUGAUCCAGUCGUCAAGGAGAUUCCACUGCGGUUGGACGGGCCGGCCACUUUGAUGGUGCAAUAUCCGCGCAAAAGCACAGAGAACACGAUUUCCGAGGUCCGUUUGAAACCAAACAGCGGGAUCCUCGAAAUGGACAUUCCUACAGAUACCACCAGGUUUUACGACGAGACCAAGGCGGCCAGAUGGAGCGGGACCACGAAUCAGACGUUGAAGGGCGUUUUGACUAACGGAAACGGAUACUACGUGGGGCGAGUGCGCGACGGAGAGCUCCACCUAAGUCCUGUGACCAAGAACUGUCAGCUUAGACCGUCAUUCAAGUACAUUGACGAUCUCAAGGCCAGCAAGCAACAGCGAGAAAAAGAGCUGAAUAAACAGCUGGACGACCAGAUUGCGCCGAUGGACGAGAAAAAACGUGCGCAUGUGGUCCAGAUGACGGCCAAGUCCACCAGCGAGACCGCUCUAAGACUGGGAGGAGCCCUGGUGAGCAAAAAGACAGAAGACGAAGAAGAAUGGGAGGUUUACGAAUAUAGCAGCAGUGUCCUCAAACAAGUACAAUUUCAAACCGGACUCGCUGAUGAGCUUCUUGGCAAUGUCGAGGUUGGUACCUUGCAAUCUAACCACAACAGGGAUCUCAAGAGAAAGGUUCUUGGUGGCAGAAAUCAGACCCUCGGCAACGUAAUCACAUCUAACAAUACCACCAAAGAUGUUGACAAAGAUGGCCUUAACACCCUUCUCGGUCAAGAUGAGCUUGAAGGCCUCCUCGAUGGUUUCUGGAGUGGCAGCUCCACCAACGUCCAAAAAGUUGGCUGGAGAUCCUCCGUACAAUUGAACAACGUCCAUGGUGGCCAUGGCCAAACCAGCACCGUUGACGAGACAUCCAAUGUUACCAUCCAGCUUGAUGAAGUUCAAACCAAACUUGCUGGCAGUGACUUCUUCAGGGUCCUCUUGGGUGAUGUCUCUCCAGGAAAACACCUCCUUUUGUCUGAAAGCAGCGUUGUCGUCGAAACCGAACUUGGCGUCCAUGCACAAAACCUCGUGGUCCUUGGUCUCUGUGAGUGGGUUGAUCUCGAUCUGGGUGGCGUCCUUCUCUUUGAAGAUCUGGUACAAUUUUUUGAUGGUGUCUGCAGCCUUUGGAACGGCCUCUGGAGUGAACUUGAGACCAGAGGCGAUCUUGACGGCCAACUCGUCGGAAAUUCCGGCCUCGUAGUCCACAGGGAACUUCUUGAUGGCAUCUGGGUUUUCCUUGGCAACUCCCUCGAUGUCCAUACCUCCCUCGGAGGAAGCAACAACCAAGGUAGACUGGUUCUUUCUGUCCAUGAUGAUGGACAAGUAUGCCUCCUGCUUGGCGUACUUUCUCUCAACAACGUACACGGCCGUGACAAUCUUACCAGCGGCACCGGUUUGCUUGGUGAUCAACUUGUGGCCAAUCAUCUUACCAGCAAGGUCCUUGGCCUCUUCUGGAGACUCAAUCAAUCUGACACCGGACUGCAAUCCGCUGUCGAAAUGACCCUUACCUCUACCUCCGGUCAGAGCCUGGGCCUUGAUGACCAGCUCGUUGGUUCCCAACGACUUGGCGAUCUCGUAAGCUCCCUCCGGAGGAAACACAUAAAAUUGCCUGUUAUGUUUCCUUCUUUGUUUGUGCCUGUGGGCAACGAGCCGGGCAUGUUUGUCGGGGUGUGCAGCGGCGUCGACCCGGUGCGACUCGUGUUUGUUUUAACCGACUCGUUUUCGUUUGAGCAGUGUGUUUGUUUGGGUAAGAAAGAGCUGGAUCGGCUGUUUGCUCUGAACAAUGCUGCCGUUGGCAGCGACGCCGAGGUCGACACCUUUUUCGCGCGUCUAGCCAGUCUCGACGACGUGACUGUUUUGCGAUCGGAACAGUCUGUCACUCUGGCCAAACCAGACCUGGAGUUCACCUUCCCCACAGUGAGGCUUGCGGGAGAGCAGCUGGAAGCCGCACGCAAAUCGUUUUUGGAGACACUGGUGCAAACCGCCGCGCUGGAGUCGUCGCUGAUUGCGCAAUUGGCACACGAACUCAACAAGAAGAACCAGAUCAUCCUCAAGCUGGCCGCUUCGAUCGCCCAGGACUAUCUGGGCAACACGCUCGAGCAGGACGAGGCGAUCUUGCAGAGCAAAGAGGUGCAGCGCAUUUUCCUGAGAACGGGCACGUUGCAGUCGUCGCUCAGCUCGUCGUUCGACCAGAUAAGCCAGGAAACCGUUGCAAAUUUCAAAGCCGCAAAGCCGUCGUACACAGACUCGUUACGCACGUCGCGCAACGACCGCGACUUGUUCACGUCGUACCCUAUCAUGUCAAAGUCGUCGCCAAACUCGUGUUUGAGGACGUACUCUAUUGCCUCCAGCACCAGAGCGUGCACCUGCGAGUACACAGUGUCCGUGGACGACGUGUGGACCGUUUCCUUUGGCUCCAAAUCCAUCACGUCGCCGUUGACCCGCGCAAACUCUUGUACGAGUCGCUGUCUGACCAUCUGGACGUCCAUGUCUGGCCGCCACGACACGGUCAACACGCCGUGGGCCAGCGCCUUGACACACAGGUUUUUAUCGUUGGAAAAUAGAACCACCAUCGCCUCUGUUCCAAAAAACAAACACGCAUCGAGGAUGGCAUCGUCUCCGCGUGCAGACAUCCUGGUUGAGCAUCUCGAGCGGCUUGCCGAAAGCAGAGUACGCCUUUCCGUAGACAGAGUGCAUGUGGCAGGCAGCGUUGACGUCGGGCCGGGCUUUGUGGAGAGCCGAGUGGAUGGCAAAACCAGCAGCGUUGACGGCCGCAAAGUUGCCGCCGAUGAUAUUGCAGUUCUCGUCGAUGUGGACCAUGUCCUCAGCCUUGAGAAGUCCAAAGUGGUAUCCAAGAGGAUUGAUCCAGAAAGUGUUUGGAUCAACAGGGUCUCUGACGGAGAUGUGACCGGCAGUUCCCUCGGUGAAGCCCUUACGAGCGAAGAUACGGAAAGCACCGGCCAUGUGCUCCAAAACCCACUCUCUCUUCUUGUAAGGGUCGUCGAACUCUGGCACAAGAUGAGGAGGAGGGGCUCCCUUGGAGAUGUUAUGGACUCCGCGCUCCGUCAGCGCGUAUCCACGCGAAGUGGUGGCCUUGAGGGUCUCUGGCACGGAAUCUGGCGUUUGAGUAACAGUUUGUGA